UAAAAUGAAGUUAGAUUUCAGCUUUAAGUAAUGUCCACAUUACAACAAAAUUCAGUGCACAUGCAAGGUGCAUAAGCGUCACCUUUGCAAGGCUGUACAACAACCACUGCACCAGCGGAUGUCACCCACGUGCUCAGUGAAUGAUGCUUCCAGUAUUGAACCAAUUUUCAAUACAAUGGUCCAAAAGGGUUCAAGAAAAGCUUCAUGGGGCCUCGUAUGGCCAUUACUAGUUCAAAUUUCAGAUUACAAGAUGAAGGCCACUGUAAUGCCGAUGUGUUGGACAGCUCUUCACUUUCAUAUCAUGAGUUUAUUGAAAGAUAUGCAUACAACAAACCAGUCAUCAUCAGGGGCCUAACUGAUAACACAAAAUUCAGGUUGUUGUGUUCCAAGUCAAGCUUACUAGAAGAAUAUGGCGACCGGACAGUGAGGCUCAGUACAGCUAACACUUAUUCUUACAGGAAAGUGGACGUCCCGUUCCAGGACUAUGUGAAUAUUUUACUGAGGCCUCAGUCUGCAGACGCCCUCGGCAGUGACACGCUGUAUUUCUUUGGAGACAACAACUUCACUGAAUGGCAGAGUCUGUUCGAGCAGUACAAGCCUCCGCCGUACGUCCUGCCUCACACCAGUGGAGCGUACAGCUUCGGAAUUGCAGGUCCUGGAACAGGAGUGCCCUUUCAUUGGCAUGGCCCUGGUUAUUCUGAGGUCAUCUAUGGCAGAAAGCGCUGGUUCCUCUAUCCGCCUGAAAAAGAGCCAAAUUUCCACCCGAACCACACCACCCUGUCCUGGGUGAAAGAAACCUACCCUCACCUACUGGAGGAAGAGGCUCCGCUGGAGUGCACCAUCAGACCUGGAGAGGUGCUGUAUUUCCCUGAUCGCUGGUGGCAUGCGACGCUCAACCUGGACACCAGCGUUUUUAUCUCCACCUUCCUCGGUUGAGUUU